CUGGCCUCCGUCACCAGCGCCGGACGGCGGGCGGCGGUGCGCGUGUGUGUCAGACCGUGGUCAGAGGGUAGCAGCCUCCACUUGGACCUGGAGAGGACACCCGUUGUCUGUUCGGCGGAGAGCCGGACGACUGGCUGCAGGCUGCGGCCGUGACCCAGAGAGUGUACCGGCAGGCCACCGUGGCCCAGAGGGCCGAGUGACGUUCGGUCCGUGCCCGUGAGCCAGGGAGGGCCGGCGCAGGCCCGUUUAGCGGCUGCUUCGACGCUGUCUUAGUGCCGGCGAGCCGGGCGAGCGAGGCGGGAGGAGCACGGCGCGCUACCCUGGCUCGCCGCCCCGGCUGGCGGGCGGCAUGUUUCCCGUUAUCACCAUGGAGGAGGAGAUCGGCAUCGGGUUGGUGGGGUUCGGCGUGGCCUUCCUCUUCCUGGGCGUGCUGUUCUUGUUCGACAAGGGCCUGCUGGCCAUCGGGAACAUCCUCUUCCUGUCGGGCCUGGCGUUCGUGAUCGGCCUGGAGCGCACGUUCCGAUUCUUCUUCCAGUCGCACAAGGUGCGCGGCUCGGCGUCCUUCUUCGGCGGCAUCCUCAUCGUGCUCCUCGGCUGGCCGCUGGUCGGCAUGCUCGUCGAGGUCUACGGCUUCGUCGUUCUUUUCAGCGGAUUCUUCCCUGUCGUCAUAAACUUUUUAAGACGGAUUCCAGUCAUAGGGUCAUUUCUGAAUCUCCCCUUCAUUGGUCCAUUCCUGGACAGAGUGUCGGGCGACCCGUCGCGGACAAUGGUGUGAGCCGAACGGUGCCGUGCUGCCACCUGCGGGCAGGCCGCGGCAACGCUAGUUCUUCGAAUUAUCGCCGAACGAAGGGGCGUUACGUUUAUGUGUGGUGAAGCCAUCCUGUGUGUGGGGUGUGUUUUGCCCCACAUGUGUGGCGUGCGUACGUCGGUAGCGGGCGGAUCCGGCGGGUCUGGUGACGCUGUCGGGGCAGAAUGAGCCGCGCGCCGCCUGAUCGCCGCCCGUGCCCCGUCCAGUGGCUUCCCCGCUUGUGUGGCCCGACUCUGUCCGCUGUGUGCUACGGUGCCGGGCUGCUGAUAUCGGCGCACGAUUGAUCGUGUUGUUCAGAUGAUUGUUCAAGUGCAGGCGAGUGGCUGGCGUGUUGGAAGACCAGCAAUUUGGCUACAUGGGACAAAUGGGACAUGCUUUCAAAACUGUCGUGGCUGGCAGGUGAAAAACAGUGUUGUGGCCAGGAAAGGUGUGGCUAGAAGUAAUUUUCGUGUGUUGGAAGCCCUUCACGCGUAAUUUUUGGUCAGAUUUUCCUUACGCCCUUGUAUUUUUGGCCUGCUCCAACCAAAACAUACAAUUCAAUGCUUGUACUAUAUGUACAGCUGCAGAUGCACUGUGUUGUUGAAAUUUCAACCACCCCGCACAGAACGUGUUUACCCCACGGAAAUGCAGAGGUGGUAUAUACAUGCUAUGCAUCACG